AAUAAGUAAGAGUUUUGCAGAAGUCCAGAUUCUACUUGGAAUAGAACUUUUGACAAAUUUUUUGGCACACCCUCAAAUCCUGUUAAUUGCUCAUAGCAGAACAAGUAUUCUUGGAAAAUUACUUCAUGCACCCUUUUUCUUGCGAGAGCGCUUUUUCAGUCGGAUAAUUCUUCAAACGCCUUCAGAUUCAGAACUUCAGAUGACCCUUUUUCCACUUUGGUAUCUUCUCACACAGUUAACUCAUUGGUCUAUCUUCUUUGACGUAGAAAGCUUGAAUGAAUUUGUACCUGUAAUCGAAUUCAAAGACUUUAUUAAAGGUGAUUUAUAA